ACGAAGUAAACUCAAUAACGCAGCCGAUGCCGCGAGUCCGGGAGCGCCGUCAAAAGCAAACGCGGGCUCGCCGGUCACGAGGAACGACGAGACCGACCGGCCGCCAUUUUUGAAGUCCUCUGCGGUGACGUUUUGCCUACAAAACACCUGGGUUAGUGUGGCAACGUGCUCGCUUGGGUUUGGGCAGCGGCGCGCGAGCAGGGUCGGAGGUCAAGUGUGAGGAGUCUAACUUCAGCAAGACGUAAAGCGGACCCCCCCAAGAGCCCGAAUGUAAUUCCAGCAACCAUGCUAAGGCCGCUGAGGAUUCUCCUCUGCGCCAACAGAAGGCCUCUCUUUCGCUCUUGCUCUGCCUACGUAGCCCGGAUGAGGUAUCUCAACAAGCUAAAGGUGAAUGAUGACGCCUGCUUGGCGGCUCUGCAGACUGGAAAAGUCUUCCUCUAUCACAGGCUGGCUCCUCUGUUGCAGCGGGCAGACCAGGGCAUUUUCAAGCUGCCAGCCCUGCACACCAAAGACGUGGAAGGGAUUCUGCAGAAGCUUGGUAAAGACAGAUCGAUGGUGCGGGAGUCUGUCCUGAUCAGCUGUUCUGAGCAGAACCAGGCCCAGUUCUGCUUAGAUGUUGGGGAGUUGGACCAAGGUGCGGUGGAGGAGAUGUGUGAAGGGAAAUUUGUUGACCUGAGGAAGGCCUUCUUUGUUCUGAGAGGAGAAGAGGCCCCCCUCGUGGCCAGGGGUCAGGCUCUGCUGCGGUGGCACCAGGGGAAUGGCUUCUGCAGCGCCAGUGGUCAGCCCACCCACAGAAACCAGGCAGGAAGCCAGCGGCUCUGCCACAGCAACGGCAUCGUGUACUACCCAAAGAUGGCUCCGGUGGCGAUUGUCCUCGUGUCCGACGGGAAACGUUGUUUACUGGGGAGGCAGGCCUCCUUCCCACGGGGCAUGUACAGUGCCCUGGCCGGCUUCUGCGACAUGGGUGAGACCCUGGAGGAGACGCUGUACCGAGAGGUAGCGGAGGAGGUGGGGUUGGAGGUGGAGAGCAUCAGGUACUCCGGCUCUCAACACUGGCCCUUUCCUCAGAGCUCCUUCAUGGUGGCCUGCCAUGCCACUGUCAGCCCAGACAAGGCUGAGGUGAAUGUGGACCAUACUGAGUUGGAGGACGCUAGGUGGUUCACCUUAGAGGAGGUCACCAACGCCCUGAAGAUCAAGACUCCUCCAAGGAACCCCAAAGAGGAGACCCCCACCCUUUGGGUCCCGCCUGACUAUGCCAUAGCCAACCGCCUCAUCCAGGAGUGGGUGAAGGAUCAACAACUCAGUCUAGCAGGAAAAUAACUUUGUGCCUUUAGGCCGCAGUGUCCAACAACUGGUAAUAUUCA